AUGGCCAACAACAACAACAACAACAACAACAACGCCUACCUGGACCGCUUCGCGUUCCACCGGGUCCUGCGUCCCCAGGUAGAGCCGCUGCUGGAGCGCCUCAGCUCGGGCACCGAGGCCCAGCACAAAUGGCUGGUACAGAACCACCCCGCGACGACCGACGCCGAGUUCAGCGCGAUGCUACCCCCUGCGCGGCUACAAGACCACGAGUGUCAAGCGCCAUGGACGCCGGCCGACGAGGCACAGCUCCUCGCCGACUGGGCUGCCGACCCCAUGCAGCACCACGUCCGCGACAUCACGCGCAGACCAGCAAGGUACGCGCAGAUGCUGGAUCUCUGGAAGGCCUCCAUCCGCGACAUGCGCUGCCUGCCAACCAACAUCAUCUGCAGCGCCAACAACCUGGCGUACGGCGCCGCCAGCGCCACCGUGGUCCUCGGAGGCCACGAAGUCUCCAACCCGCUCUGGGCGCACUCCUUUUGCGACGCCCUGGCAACAGUGAUGGCGCAUCCCACCUGGAAUGGAUCGCCCGAGACCCUCAUCAUGGCCAUCCAGUACAUGGUCAUCUGCCGUACCAACGACUGCCGCCACUGGGCUCUCGUCAACCCCACCGACAGCCGGUUCAUCGACGCCCUCGCCCACGAGAUCGCCUCCAACGGUGCCGGCGGAGGCGUUCGCCGCUCGAUCAAGGAGUUGCAUGAGAGGGCUGCGAGCCACUUCCACAGGAACCAGCUGGCCAUCAACGUGUUCCACCGCCUGUUCCUCGAGAUCGAGCGCCUCGCCUUCAAGGACGACACGCCGCCCAUCCUCCCCGGCCACGGAGCGAUGACGCCCUUGCAGGUCACCACCACCGAUCUUUCCAAGCUGGAAAAGGCCGCCAGCGCCGCAGAAGGUCUCAACGGCCGGACCAUCGUCACCGGCGCCCUAUACCACAAGGCCUCUGUGGCCGCGCGCGGCAGCCAGGUUGUUCCCUCGGGCAACCGCUUGUGCGAGGCUCUGUUGCGCUUGGUGCUCAACCGCAAGCGCCAAGACGCACUGGCUCGCAAACUCGCCUUGUUGGGCCCCGCCGCGCCCGUCGUGCAGCCGCCACCGCCGGCGGGCCUUGUUGUGCCCGUCGUGCAGCCGCCACCGCCGGCGGGCCUUGUUGUGCCCGUCGUGCAGCCGCCACCGCCGGCGGGCCCCGUCGCGCCCGUCGUGCAGCCGCCACCGCCGGCGGGCCUUGUUGUGCCUGUCGCUGUGCAGCCGCCGCCAGCGCCACCAGCGCCACCAGCGCCCCCGGCAUCACCUCAGCCACUAGACCCUGGCAUGGGAGAUGUGUUUGACUCCCCUCUUAGCCCGGCUGAGCCCCAAGGCCAGGCACCUGCAGGAGGAGCGGGUCGGCCCUGGUCGCGGUCACCGCCACCGCCACCGCCAUCCCCCAAUGACGGGGGGGAUGUGUUUGACUCCCCUCGCAGCCCGGCUGAGUCCCAAGGCGAGGCACCCACAGGAGGACCGGACCAGCCCUCAUCGUCAACAUCACCGCCAGCGCCAGCUCAUGAGGGCAUGGCCUUUCCUGACGAGAUGGACGUCGUGCCCAAUGCGGAUGAGCCUGCCCCCGUGCCUGCGCCCCUGCCGGUCCAGCCCGCGCCGCCAUCGCCAAGCCCACCUCGUCUCGUCGAUCUCCUGUCGCUCCCUUUGGCACAUAUCGACGACAACAGCGAUGCUACGGAUGGGCCAGCUCCACGGCUUCCCAGCGCUGUGCCUCGCCUACGGUGCAGGAUCCGACCUAGCAUCGCGGUGGAACAGACCGGAGAGGCUCUGCUUCCUUGGCCACGCGAAAUUUGGCCUGAUUUAAGCAAGAGACGAAAAAAAUAG